AAAAGAAGAAGAAGAAGGGACCUUAGUCAGCUAAGGAGAAGACGUGUCCAUGAACUCAGUAUUUAAGAAGCAACAUGGCUUGGUUGACGAUUUACUACGUGUCAACUUCAACUUUCAAGUAAAGUAAAGGCUGUGAUAUACUACUAUAGUGGUGGUUGCGGAUUAAUCUUGCUUGCUGCAUCUCUUCACAUGUGAAGUUAUUAUUAUUAUUAUUAUCAGAAUCAAUCUUCAUCUUUUAUACUAUCAAUGGAAUGAAUUGAUAAUAAUAUUACUACCUUCCUUUUUUUUCAUAAACUCUGUUAUGUUUCUUUUGAACUUUAUUUCAUUCCAACUUAAAUACUAACUGCUGAUUAUUAAAUCUCCCUCCCUUUUUUGCCACACAUACACAGAGAUCGUUUUGUUGACUAGACCAAGUAAAAUUGACGUCGCUAAGUAUUCUUCUCCGAUGGCGAUUUCCGACGAGCCUUCAACUGUAGGCAACGGCGUCAUCCGAACCGGCUCGGUUCUCAACCAUUCAUCCGACUUGCGCCGCAGGCCGAGCGCAACUUCCGUCAACGGCUUGUUCGAUUCGACUGCCACUGUCGAAGGCGAGAGUUCCGGUGAAGAGUUAGCGAAGGAUUCUAGUUCCGACGACUCUAUCAGCAGCGACCAACACAACGUCGUAAACCCAGAACAAACUCGAUUGCCUGAUAUUUCUGCAAUCAAAUUUGCUUACCGUCCUUCUGUCCCUGCUCAUCGUAGAAUCAAGGAAAGUCCUCUCAGCUCCGACAACAUUUUCCGGCAGUUGCAGAGUCAUGCUGGCCUCUUCAACCUGUGUAUUGUAGUGCUUGUUGCAGUCAAUAGCAGACUUAUCAUUGAGAAUUUAAUGAAGUACGGUUGGUUGAUUAAGACUGGCUUUUGGUUUAGUUCAAAGUCAUUGAGAGAUUGGCCCCUCUUCAUGUGUUGUCUUACUCUUGCAAUAUUUCCUUUGGCGGCCUUUAUAGUGGAAAAGUUGGCACAGCAAAAGCGUAUCUAUGAACCAAUUGUUGUUCUACUUCAUAUAAUCAUUACAACAGCUUCCAUUCUCUAUCCUAUUUUAGUAAUCCUCCGGUGCGAUUCUGCUUUUAUAUCAGGCGUCACACUAAUGCUACUUGCUUGCAUUGUAUGGUUAAAACUGGUUUCUUAUGCUCAUACAAACUAUGAUUUGAGAGCAGUUACCAAUUCAAUUGAAAAGGGAGAAGUGCUUCCCAAUACUGUGAAUAUGGACUAUCCAUACGAUGUGAGCUUCAAAAGCCUGGCUUACUUUAUGGUUGCUCCUACAUUAUGUUACCAGCCAAGAUAUCCUCGCACCCCUUUUAUUCGAAAGGGUUGGGUGUUACGUCAACUUGUCAAGCUGAUAAUAUUUACUGGAGUUAUGGGAUUUAUAAUAGAACAAUAUAUUAAUCCUAUUGUACAAAAUUCCCAGCAUCCUUUGAAGGGAAACCUUCUAUCUGCCAUCGAAAGAGUUCUGAAGCUGUCUGUUCCAAAUUUAUAUGUGUGGCUCUGCAUGUUCUACUGCUUUUUCCACCUUUGGUUGAAUAUACUGGCAGAGCUGCUUCGAUUUGGUGAUCGUGAAUUCUACAAGGAUUGGUGGAAUGCCAAAACUGUUGAAGAGUAUUGGAGGAUGUGGAAUAUGCCUGUUCACAAAUGGAUGAUUCGCCACCUAUAUUUUCCGUGUUUAAGGACUGGUAUACCCAAGGGUGCUGCUGUUUUAAUCGCCUUCCUGGUUUCUGCUUUGUUCCAUGAGCUGUGCAUCGCCGUUCCUUGUCACAUAUUCAAAUUGUGGGCUUUUAGUGGAAUUAUGUUUCAGGUUCCGUUGGUCUUGAUAACUAAUUAUCUGCAAAAUAAAUUCAGCAACUCAAUGGUUGGAAAUAUGUUUUUUUGGUUCACAUUCUGCAUUCUUGGUCAACCGAUGUGUGUACUACUAUACUACCAUGACUUGAUGAAUAGGGAAAGCAAACUUGACCAAAGCUAGCAUAACAUUGCAUCAAUGUCUUUGAAUUCAUCUUGAUCCAUAUAUACUUAUUAACUCAAUCAACUCCCCUGACAAUCCUAUCAAAUUGUAAAUUUUGAAGCAAUGCUCUGGCAUUGAUGGCUGCCAAGGUACAGUAUAACUAGUUAGAAGGAUAGUUGUAAAUGUGUACAAAAUAUUUAUUCCUUCCUAGUUUGAAGUUCCACGGAUGAUAUUUCUCUUCUCUUUUUGGCCCAACGGAUCAUGUUUAUUAACAUAUGAUAUAUUUUUUCUCUAGAUAGAUAUAGUCGUCAUUUGUCUCUUAUAAUUUUAAGAGAAAUACUAAUAAGUUUCCUUAGCCCUUUCGGACUUA